GCUUUCGUCAUUUAAUAGUUUGCACUUGUAUCAGUAGGUUGGUACUGUUACCGUAAGUUUCGGAGGCUGAUACAAAUUAGUAUCACAUAAUUUUUAUUUGCAGCUAGAGUCAUGCAUUGGUUGUAGUUAAAAUAAAAAGGGACACCCUCUGUCAAGAUGAUAGGGGGUUUAUUCGUGUACAACCAUAAGGGAGAAGUACUCAUCUCCAGAGUGUACAGAGAUGACAUUGGACGAAAUGCAGUUGAUGCAUUUCGUGUCAAUGUUAUCCAUGCCAGGCAACAAGUACGCUCACCAGUUACCAAUAUUGCUAGAACAUCAUUCUUUCACAUAAAACGUGCUAAUAUUUGGUUGGCUGCUGUUACCAAGCAAAAUGUUAAUGCAGCAAUGGUGUUUGAAUUCUUAUUAAAAAUUAUUGAUGUUAUGCAGUCAUAUUUUGGGAAGAUAUCAGAAGAAAAUAUCAAGAAUAACUUUGUGUUGAUUUAUGAAUUGUUGGAUGAAAUUUUGGAUUUUGGAUAUCCACAGAACUGUGACACUGGAGUAUUAAAAACAUUCAUUACUCAACAAGGAGUAAAGUCAGCAACAAAAGAAGAACAGGCACAAAUAACUUCACAAGUAACUGGCCAGAUUGGCUGGAGAAGAGAAGGUAUCAAGUAUAGACGCAAUGAAUUAUUCCUGGAUGUUCUUGAAUAUGUGAAUCUAUUGAUGAGCCCUCAGGGUCAAGUGCUUAGUGCACAUGUUGCUGGCAAGGUUGUAAUGAAAUCUUAUUUGUCUGGAAUGCCAGAAUGCAAGUUUGGGAUCAAUGAUAAAAUUGUAAUGGAAGCCAAAGGUAUGAAAGGUGGAAGUGGACUAGGAGGAGGAGGAGAUGACCCUACUGGUGCUAGAUCUGGAAAACCUGUUGUUGUAAUUGAUGACUGCCAAUUCCAUCAGUGUGUGAAACUUAGUAAAUUCGAAACAGAACAUGCUAUUAGUUUUAUACCACCUGAUGGAGAAUUUGAACUCAUGAGAUAUCGAACAACUAAGGAUAUAUCAUUGCCAUUCCGUGUUAUUCCACUAGUACGUGAAGUGGGACGUACAAAGAUGGAAGUGAAAGCAGUACUAAAAUCGAAUUUUAAGCCUUCUUUGUUAGGGCAGAAGAUAGAGGUACGAGUACCUACACCUCUAAAUACUGCAGGCGUACAAUUGAUUUGCUUGAAAGGAAAAGCGAAAUACAAAGCAUCUGAAAAUGCAAUUGUAUGGAAAAUUAAACGAAUGGCUGGAAUGAAAGAAACUCAACUAUCUGCGGAAAUCGAUUUGCUUGAAACCGACACGAAGAAGAAAUGGACACGACCCCCAAUAUCAAUGAAUUUCGAAGUUCCAUUCGCACCAUCCGGAUUUAAAGUGCGCUAUUUGAAGGUGUUUGAGUCCAAGUUAAACUAUUCUGAUCAUGAUGUUAUAAAAUGGGUGAGAUAUAUUGGCAGAAGUGGUUUAUAUGAGACACGAUGUUAAUGAUGUCUUAUUACAUUAAUUGUAAAUGAGUAAUCUCAAUGCAUAAAUACAAUUCACUCAACUGUUUCUCUUUGUGGCGCAUGUUCUGAACAGUUUUCUGAAAUACUCAGAAGCUAUCGUGUGGAUAAGAAAAGUAACAAUAGAUACCAAGAGGAAAAUAUCCUUUUGUGCCAAUGUUUUUUAUCAUAUGAUUUCUCGUAUCAUGUGUUAUACCUUAUUGUAGUGUACGUGUGCCCUAUUUAAGAAGCUUUUAUACAAUAUUUUAUUCUAUUUGAGUUUUAGUGAAAUUCUUUCUAAGGAUUAACGUUUGUAAUUUCAUACGUUGAUGUAGAUUUUAAUUGUAAAUUUAUACAUGCUGUACAACAUUGUAUUUCAUAAUUGUACAUUAAUAAUUUUCUUUUUUUUAUGAGAUUAAAAAAUAUGGUGACCUCUUUGGUAUCGAUAUGGUGAGAAAAAUAUAAGAAUUGCUAAUGAUCAUGAUUAAUGCGCUUAACAAAUUUUAUGUUAACAUAAACAUUUGUUGUCAUUUAUUGGAAAUGAAUAGAGAAUUCGUUUGUAAAGGAAUAAGUUUGUCUCUCUAUGUUAAAAUUCAUAUGCAUAAUAAAACAUGUAUGUAAUUUAA